UUUCUCGAGAGCAGCCAAGUGGAAGCCUCUGACAGCAGUAGAACCUAGAAGCUAGAGAAGAGAACUCGGCUGACAACCAACAACAACAACAACGAAAAGGAGAAAAUGUGACAAAUCAUUGCCCAACUGUGGACUCUGCACAAAAAUGGGACGGCCCUGCGACUACACGGCUGAUGCUCAACCGCCACCGACGGCCGACGACCUGGCAGUUUUACAGUCGCGGCUUGCCGACCUCGAGAACCGCCUGAGCGCUGCUAACAAUAAUAGCAACCACGGCACACCCAACACCAACACCAAUACCAACGCUAGCGUCCACAAUAGCUCGGCACGUCCCAUCUCUCCGGACAGCGGCCGCCUUAUCGACCGGCCAUCAGUCAACAACUCACGGGGCCCCCAAUGGCUGCCGUCAGGCCGCUUCCCCUCAGCCAUCUUCCUCGACAUCGACUGCUUCAAAUGGGCGUCCAUACCCAUUCCAAAGCCAAAUGUCGACCUACCCGCCGAUGUCUACGAGGUCCUUAGCCGCGGCAAUGCCGUGCAGGAUGCCACCGCCGAGUACUUUGCCACGGUCCACACGUGGUUCCCCAUCAUCUCGCGGAAACGCAUGACGCUGGGCUUCUCGUUGUGGGAAGGGGGCCCGGACCUGGCCAUGCUAUUUCUAGCCAUAAAGCUCGUCAUCUCGCUGCCCAGCGAGAACACGAACCCCGAUAAUGGUGCCAGGAUCAACCCGCUCUAUAAGGCUUCGAAGCGGUUUCUGGCCAUGCUCGAGGAUAGCGGCAUCCUAUCGCUGCUCCACCUCCAAGCCAUGAUCCUCGUCGCCGUCUACGAGCUCGGCCACGCCAUCUAUCCGGCCGCCUGGAUAACCGUCGCCACCUGUGCGCGCUACGCCGACCUCAUCGGCCUCCCCUCAUUCAAAGACACCUCGGUCAUGCUGGGCUCUUGUACAACUUGGACCGAGUCCGAAGAAAGAAGACGUGUCUGGUGGGCCGUCUACAUUCUAGACCGUGUCAUCUGCCUUGGGAACAAGAAACGCUUCUCGAUGCCCGAGCCCGAGGACAACUAUCUGCUGCCCGUUGAUGACAGGGCUUGGGACGAUGGCGACCCGUCCAGGGGCGUCGCCAAGAGCAUCCACACGCCGCUGUUCCAGCCACAGGGCGGCUUCGCGCGGCUCGCGCAGGCGUGUAUGCUCAUUAGCAACGUUACGAAACACUGCCGUGACACGAUUCAGAGCUACCGAUGCGGCGCGCCCAGGCCCUUCGAUCUGGCGCACGUGCAGGGGCUGGCCGAAACCCUGACGUCGUUUGGCACUAUUGUCGAGGAGCAGAACGACAGUUCCAUCAAUAAUAAUAGCAGUAGUACCUCCCCGUCGUCUGAACCGGCACUGUCCUCGUCGUCGUCCUCGCCCUCUACCGUGUCCCUAUCGCCCCAGCAGCAACAUCAGCAGCACUUGAAACAGCAACACCCACAACACCGCCGCCAUCAGCCCCUCACCUUCGAUCUGGUGGCGCCGCGCUGCCUCGCCUUCUCGGCCCUGGUGAUGCUGCUCGACGCGUACGCGUGCCCUGAGAACCUGCGCGACGGGCCUGGGCCGGGCGGCGUCGACGCGGCGGUGCCCAUGGAGACCGACGAGCGCGAUAUGCAGUCGCAGGCCGUCACCGGGCUGCAAGACCUCUCGCUGCGCGUCCGCGACCUGUCGGUCGAGCUGCUCGAGGCCGCCAUGCUCCCCGCCGGCUCCCGCCAGGUCUCGCCGCUGUGCUUGGACGCGCUGUAUGGUGCUAUGGCGUCGCUGCAUUGGCUGUGGAAAGAAAGCGGCAGCCCCGAGAUUCACGCCGCCCUCGAGGACAUCAAGCACUGCAUCCACCACCUCGCAUUGCGCUGGCGCCUCGCAACCGAGUACCUCGAGCUCAUUCACAACCACGAUGUCACGACGCUCAUGGCGUGGCGGAUAAACAGUUGAUCGUUGCUGCUGCUGCUGCUUCUGAUGAUGAUGAUAACGGACGGCGUUGCUGUUGCCUUUUUGUUGCUAUUGCUAUUGUUGUUGCUGCUGCUGCUAUCUUUGGCAGGGUUGCUUGAUCAAUUUCAGUUAU